AUGGAGUACUACGGCAGCGUGGCAGAAUCGGUGCAGCAACUUUUGCACCGACCGAAGCUAAACUGGUUCCAUCGUCGUUUCCGCCAUGCCAACCGAGAGACCAUCGUCAAUGAGAUGCGGCAACGUUUCGAAAUCGCUAAACUACGCGCCCUGAUUGAAAAGGUUGCCAAAAACUGCAUAAUGUGCCGAGUGAGGAAAGCAUUGCCGAGCCCUCCUGUGAUGGCACCGCUCCCUGCUGCACGACUUCAGCCGUUCGUCCGGCCAUUUUCCUCCGUCGGAGUAGAUUACUUCGGGCAUAUACUGGUGAGAGUUGGUAGAAGCUCCGUGAAGAGAUGGAUUGCCUUGUUCACCUGUCUAAGUGUUCGCGCAGUGCAUUUGGAGGUAGUUCAUAGCUUGUCUACCGAGUCGUGCGUCAUGGCUGCGCGACGUUUCAUAGCCCGGCGUGGACAUCCAGCCGAAUUUUAUUCGGACAAUGGGACAUGUUUCCAAGGCGCGACUACUUCCCAUAUGGGAGGUGCAUGGGAGCGUCUCGUAAGGUCUGUCAAGGUUGCGAUAGAGUCCAUAGCCAACGUUCCACGUAAACCGGACGACGAAGUCCUCGAAACAAUUCUUCUGGAAGCAGAGGCUUUGAUAAAUUCGCGACCCCUGACCUACAUCCCGCUAGAGUCGGCGGACCAGGAAGCCAUUACUCCAAAUCAUUUUCUUCUGGGGUCCUCCAACGGCGGCAAGUUCCUUCCGCUCGAGACCGUUGAUAGUCCAAUGGCUCUUAGAAAUAGCUGGAGACUGGCGCAAUCUAUAACACAAGUGUUAUGGGCAAGGUGGGUAAAGGAAUACCUGCCGGUAAUCACACGGAGGUCGAAGUGGUUCAAGGAGACCCGAGAUAUAGCUGUUGGAGACUUGGUGUUGGUUGUGGCUGGAAUGGCGAGGGACCAGUGGAUUCGAGGACGAGUAGAGGAGGUGAUACCCGGACGUGACGGAGGAGUUCGCCAGGCUUUGGUCCGGACAGCAACCGGAAGCCUUCGACGGCCAGCAGUGAAACUGGCGGUGCUUGACGUGAAGAGUAGUGAACCCAAGGCAGAUGUCCUUGAGAAACAAGAACGCAACUAG